UGGGUGCGCUCAACGCUAUUGAGCUUUCUUUGCUGUGGCUUCAUGGACUACAACACAGAGGACAUGAAGCAUUCGGUAUUGCAUUUUCCCGUGAUGCCAACAUGUGUGUCGUCCACCGCCAUGGAAGAGUUGACUCGGCUUUAAAUGAUCUUCACAUGCCUCCCGCAGAGAUUGCAGUUGGUCAUGCUGUUAACCCUAAGAUGUUGAGAUAG